CACUCUUCACUUCCUAUAGUCAAAUUCAUUCUGACAAUAGGGGGGCUCUUGGUGAGUGUUAACUACUGUUACUCACAGCAACAAACCUAGCUCUGCAUAAUGAGCGUAACACCUUAGAGAGGAUGUCCCCAAAGGUUUCUGAUGCGUUCAGCUCUGAGGCAUCCUGUAACUAUCUUCAUAUUCAUCGAUUAUCUACAAAGUGAGCAGUACACUUGAGGAAGCAUACGUUUCAGCUGGUGAGUUUGAGAACUUCUCCAUCAUGAUAAAACCAGUCAUUUGCUUGCCGGCACCGCCUCCAGUUAACCGGUUGUGAAGUGUGACCGACCAGUCAGGUACUUCAGGAAGGGAUACUCUACUUGAAGCAAUAGCAGCACAGCAAGAUGGCUAUUAAAAAUGUCUUUCACAGUUUGGCUCAAGAUGGAGGUUUAUACAUUUGUCACAUUAAAAAGGCCUUCGUUCUACUGCUCACAUUGGCAUUCUUGUUGUCUACAAUUGCUUAUAUCUCUGAUGUCUCUUUUGAGGACAUUAAGUUGCCUCAAAGAUGGCUUUUUAAAGUCAUAAAUAAGACUCACAAGGUAUUUAACAAAACUUUGGAUGACGGUAAAGACCACUUAGCACCAUUGCCCAGGCAACAAAUUCAGCAAUGGGGCACAGCUAUCUAUCAUGUGGCUCACCCAAGGAAUUAUUAUUUCAUGCAGGAUGAACCUGAUAUAUGUAAGCAGAAUCCAUUCCUGGUCUUGAUGGUUCCUGUUGCUCCCCAUCAGAUAGAUGCUCGAAACGCUAUCCGGAGCACAUGGGGGAAUGAAACUACAGUCCAGGGCAAAGCAGUGUUGACUCUGUUUUUGGUGGGUUUGAUUGAAGGAGCAGACUCUGAAAAAGUUCAAAAGCAGCUGGAAGAAGAGAGCCGACAACACAGAGACUUAAUCCAGAGCAGCUUUGUGGACUCCUACUUCAACCUGACCAUAAAGACCAUGGUGAUCAUGGACUGGUUGGCCACUCGAUGCCCUCAAGCUAAUUACAGUAUGAAGAUCGAUUCAGACAUGUUCUUAAAUGUGAAUAACCUGGUGACUCUCCUAUCAGCUCCCAAUACACCCAGAGAAAACUACAUCACAGGAAUGGUGAUGUGGAACCGGCCUGUUGUCAGGAGCAAAGACUCAAAAUGGUACGUCUCAGAGGACCUUUACCCCGAGCCAACAUACCCUACGUAUCUUCUGGGAAUGGGAUAUGUUUUCUCAAAUGAUCUGCCAUCAAAAAUCGUGGAGGCUUCCAAAUAUGUAAAGCCGUUUAACAUUGAAGACGCAUAUAUCGGCGCUUGCGUAAAACAUUUGGGUUAUGCGCCCACUUCCCCACCAGACCCUUCUCAGUUUAGAGCCUAUUUGGGACAAUAUGUACGAGAGGAUUUUUUCAGGGUCAUUACAACAAUCCUUGGAUCCCCACAACAGCUAAUAGACAUCUGGAAGGAUAUACACAGGCCCACAUAACAAAGGGAAACAUCAUAGACUAUUGUGGAUUUACGUUUAAGACAUUUAAACGAUCAAGAUAUGAGACAUGUUUGACUUGCAGAUGCCCUAAGAUGUGUGGACUUCUUGUUUUCAUGGAGUGAGAUGAUGCUCUGAGGAGACUAUUACAGAAUUUACUUUUGAAGUUCUGUUUUGCAGGGUUGUACAGGUUGUUAAAAGCAGCGUUAAUUGUUAUGUGUUCAUUAAAAUCAUUCAAAAGCAGCAAAGAGAAACACAAAAUGAUGUUCUGUCUACACAAUGACAGUCGAACAAUAUGAAGACAUGUAUUUACAUAAUGCAACGUUUGGUUCCAGUUUAUACAAUGUUCUUUAACUAUUACGUACUUGUUUCAAAAAGAUUAAUUGUUAGAUACAACUCAGGAAACACACACUGUAAAAAAUAAAUGGCUAAAAUUUACGGUUAAAAAAUGGCAACUGUGGUUGUCAGUAUUUUACCGUUAAAAAUACGGUACAAACCGUACAAGUAAUCAUCAUUUUUACAGUAAACUACCGUAUUUCAUUAUAGAUGUAAUGCAGUAUGUCUCUAUUUUGAAUUACCAACAUCUACACAUCUUUUGAUACACAGAUAGACACGUUAACACAACCAUAUGCAGUUGGUGAUGAGAAAGUUACAUAAUGAACCCAUGCUCAUCUCAAACAACCUUUCCCACACGCAGAAACGCAUAUCAGUGUAAAGAAAGGUGCUCUGUGUCAUUCAAACAGCUCCUAAACACCAGUAUGGUAACACGAAUAAAUUUAAUGUCAUGAAAUAAACAUUGUUUAUCUACAUUAGAUGUAACAUAAAUCUCUAAUGUACACAACUGAUGGGGAAACAAUUAAAAAUAUCCAUAAUAGCAUCAACAAAAAGCAUAAAAAGUCAUGCAGGGAAUUCUGAGAAAGUAAAUUUACGGUUAUUUGCCAUAUAUAUUAAGGAAACAUACUGUUAACCAGAUUACGGGUUUUUACCGUAGAAUUUUUACAGGUUUUUUUACCGUUGAAAUCACAGCCAUUUUUUUUACAGUGCAGCACAUUCCCUUAAUGUUUUCAUAUGGUUCCCAUUUGGUUAUUUUUUGGAAACUAACUCAGAAUGUUCUUUGUAUGUUCUUUUUUUCUAAUCAGAAACGAACCGUCCCAGAACAUAGCAGUAGCAGUUUAUUUUUAAAGUGAACAUAAUUGAAAAUGUUCUAAGAUUGAUCUCUAAACCUAGAGGGAACAUUCUAUUUAAGUUUAAAAAACAUUCCUUUCCACGUUGAAUAAAAGAGAACGCUCUGGAAAGCUAAAUUUGUUGGCUGGGAAUGUUGUUAUCAUGUUCACAUUUUAUUGCUUAACACUUCCACUGCUAUUAAAGUGAAGUUUAGGAAAUGCUUUAUUUCUAUGGUUUGGUUUGAUGUAUAGGCCCUUUUCUUAGAAUGCAAAAUUACCGAUUAUGCUUUGCAUGUAUGCGCAAGGAGGAUGCUUUGAAGUUCCGAUGCUACCAUGCUCAUAAAAAGUCACAUUCGGACAGCUUUGAAAUGAUAGUUUUAAUAUAUUUUACUUGCUUUUACCAUCUUUAAACUAAUACUGCUGUGAACAGCUUUAAAAAAAACUGCUGCGAGGUAUUUUUCCCUUGUUGUCAGAUGGCAUCUUGGGCCAUUUAAAUGAAGCCCCGUCAUCACUAAAGUCAACAUUUUCUCUUUCUUUCAAAUAUGUAACUAACCAAAACAAAUGUACUUCACCAAAAUGUCUGACACACACUUACUGUCCCAUUAACACAUUAUUGAUUGAAAGAGUGGCACAAAGUGAAAAAGUGGCAUUUUGAAAUUGCAGAAAAAUACAUACUAACACUACUAAAUGAAACAUAACUGCUCUCCAUUAGAAUCAACAUGCAAAUCAGCCAGGAUAGUAUCAGUAACGUACUUUUAUUAGUCAUUUUUGGAAACUGCAUGGCUUACAUACCUGCUAGUUUCAUGCCAGUAAUAUGGUUUGCUCUUUAUAAUGCAGUAAGGUAUUUGUGUGUGUGUAUGUGCAUUGAAGAGACCGCUGAGUACAUUAUAACAGCUGACAGGUCGGGAACACUGACGCUAUAUUUCAACAUCUGCUCUGACGGAAGACACUAAAUUAUGAGAACAUUUUUCUCUCGCACAUCUGACAGAAGUAUAAUGGCUUCAAAUUAAAGUUCUGCAUCACAAAAACACUCCGUAAGCCACUGAAAACUGCAUUGACACCCAGUUGAGAAAUGCUGCUCUGGCUGAUGAUAAUUCUUAAUGGAUAGUUCUAAGCACCCUGCCAGAAGGCGCUGGUCACUAUGGCGCCCUCCAUGCUGCAACAAAGAAAAAGGUCUAUAAUUACAUAUAUUUUUUGUCAUUAAAAUACAAUAACACAGGUAUCAACAUUUGAAGUGGAUUGUAUCAAAUAAUUAAUUUACACCUUAUAUAGUUGUUACCAACUUUUAAAAUAAAGUGGGUCCAAGUUAAAAUAUAUGCAUUGUUAUAUUCUUAUAAUUAUACACACACUGUUAACAGUUUCCUGUAGAAUGUACAGUAACUUACUGUAAAUCAAUUAUAGCAGAAAUACUAUACAGUGGUCCCUCGUUAAUCGCAGGAGUUACGUUCGUAAAGUAGCCCGCAAUAGGUGAAAUCCGUGAAUUAGUCCGCUUUUUUAAUAGAAAAAAAAUUAUUAUAGAUGUUUUAAGGCUGUAAAACCCCUCACUAGGCCAACUCUACAGCCAAUCAGGACGCAGAACACAAUGCACUGUAAAAAAAAAGCAUGUCAAUUUGCACAAAAAAAUCAGCGAUACUGCAAAAGGUGAAUCACAUUUUGGCGAGGGACCACUGUAUUUACAUUUACAGCAUUUGUCUUGCUGUAUAUGUAUGUACAGAAUUCUAUGUAUAUCUUUACUGUAAAACAUAUCGUCAUUUUCACAAUGCAACUUCAAACUACAGUAACAUACUGCAUAACUGUCCUACAGUAAAAUACAGUUCAUAUUACUGUUAAAAUCUGUGUCAUUUACAAAAGUCCGUAACAGUGUAUAACAGUUCUGGCUGGUCCAGAAGGCCUUUCUGUGCAAAGUUUGUAUAUUUUCCCCAUGUCUGUAUGGGUUUCCUUCGGGGGCUCUGGUCUCCCCACCGUCCAAAGACAUGCGGCACAGGUGAAUAUAAGGUAAAU